AACGUGUCCGGAGGCGGCGAAAGCAACGAGGCAAACGUCUAAAACUAUGAACAGGAAGAUAUAACACAACACCCUCAUCUUUACGUCCUUCCAAUCUAACCUGCGUCAAUACUUGACUGUAUGAUGGACUCAGACUACACACAUCACAUCCGCCCCAGAGCAAUUAGCACUCCUCACCAUCAUGAUUCACUUGCCCAAGUUAGGUGCGCCAAAGUGGCUGAGCUACCAAGCUCCCCGUCACCGGCAUCCCGACUACGCUUUCCACGACAUGAUGAUUUGACUUGCCCACGUGAUUAUACGAGCGCUCGUCCUGUUCAGUGGGAACACAUGAAUCCCCACGUGCUAGCAUGCGUCAAGGAGCAAGAGCACUACGUGCACACUAGACAUGAAAACCCAACGGAGCGAUGGGUGAACGACCAGAUCCAUUUGGCAAGUCGGCCAAACCAGGGGCGUCGCUGGAUGAAGCCCACGGAGACGGAGGAGCUUCGGCAUAAAGUGAGGGAUGAAUUUUUAUACGAACAUGAGGUGGAAGCGCAUAGGUGGACGAAGUACGAAGAAGAGAUGAGACGAAGAAUGCGGGAGCGCGAAGAGGAGAAGAACCGACUGAUACAAACCGAAAUCAGACGAAUCCAAGCCCGCGUUCGCCAGCGGAGAGACAGCGAAAGACAUAUUAUUGCGGAAGAGCGAAGGCGGGAAGCCGAAAAGGCGAAGGAGAGAGUGACGAGGGAACGAGCGAGGCUUGAACGAGCAACGAUAGACGCCUGGAACGUGUACGAGUUGCGAUGGGUAGCGCUAUCCGCUGCAUAUGACGGAAUCGUCCUAAAAUUCCGUGAUAUCCCGUGGCCGCUACUUGUUCCUCCGUUGACUCCAGAUGAAAUUACUCCUGAGAGAAUCGGAGCAUUCAUCUUAUCCUCAGCCCAUUCCCCAGAGCAGUCCCCGAAGGAGAGGAUACGCGCUGCUCUGCUUCGCUGGCACCCAGAUCGAUUCUGUAGAGUGCUGGGGAGAGUGCGAGAAUCGGAGAGGAAUGCUGUCGAGGAAGGCGUAGGGAUCGUGGUUCGAUGCCUGAACGAUCUUCUAACGAAGGACAACAAGGCCUCCCAGGUGGCUAGACGAGGAUCGAUGUUAUGAGUGAACGCAUUGCACGACGCUGGCGAAGUCGCAAACGAACUACCCCUAAUACCUUUACGCAUGUCGCAAUAUUUCCACGGAUUUGAUUUUUGUCGUUAAUUACUCUGUAUGAAGGAGCAAAGGAUGUUCAAGUUCCCAUUAAUAGAAUGUCUAUGUCGUAGCAAAUCCACUAUUAAUU